AUGCUGACGAUGACACAGCAGUUGGAGAUGAAGAUGCUGCUGUACACUGAUUUGGAGUUUCCAGUACUGUUCAACAACAAAGAAGACGAGCAGGAAGACGAUGAAGGGAAAUACCAACGAGAAAAUGCUACUUUGUUCACUUUAUGCAGAAAUUCAGAGCUAUAUGAUGUUCUCAAGACCAUACAGAUUGUUGAGGAUCGAUUCAACAAGAGAUACCACUACGACUGGAUCUUUCUCAACGACAAGCAGUUCACUCCCCAUUUCAUCAAAAGCGUCAGAAAUUUGGCCAGUGGUAACGUUUACUUUGAUCAAAUCGACGUUGAAAAGCAAUGGUCGUAUCCUGAGUUCAUCGACCAGGCUUUGGCCUACCAAUUGCGAAGUGAAAUGGCCAGAAACGAUGUUUUGUAUGGCAACUCUGAAAGCUAUCGACAUAUGUGUCGCUUCCAGUCUGGGUUCUUCUUCGACACUGCGUUGCUCAACAAAUACAGGUAUUACUGGCGAAUAGAGCCAGGAAUCAAGCUCUUUUGCGAUAUCAACUAUGAUAUAUUUGCGUUCAUGAGACUGAACGAAAAGAAGUUUGGAUUUGUCAUAUCGAUCUAUGAAUACAGAGACACGAUAAGCUCGUUGUGGUUGAACUUGAGGCCCUGGUUGCUCGACCACUUGGAGUACAUACAUAACAACUCUCUUAUCGACUGGAUUUUAACGUAUCCUAACAAGCACAGAGACAGCUUAUCAUCUUUCAGGGACUAUCAGCAACUCUCCAUCGAGGAAAAGGUGCUCAAUGCUGACUACAAUUUGUGCCACUACUGGUCGAACUUCGAAGUUGUUGAUUUGGAUUUCUACAGGUCCAACGAGUAUCGAGAGUACUUUGAGUAUUUGGACUCGCUUGGAGGCUUCUUUUAUGAGCGAUGGGGAGAUGCUCCAAUCCACUCAAUAGCAGCUUCGUUGUUUCUCUCAAAGAACGAAUUGCAUUGGUUCGACGACGUUGCCUAUUACCAUGCUCCUUACUUGUCCUGUCCAUUGAGUGAAGAAACACGACUUCGAAACAAGUGCACUUGCAAUCCCAUAUCUGACUUCACUUUUGAUGACUACAGUUGCACAAGAAACUGGCUCUAUUUGAUGAACCAACAGAGUGCAAUAAGCGAUUGGGAAUCGUUCAAGGUCCAGGUUGGUCAAGAUUAUGCCUUAAGAAAAUACAGUUAUAACAAAUCUUAA